AUGUAUGAAGUUUAUUAUUUAAAUAAAGAGGAACAAUUUCAAAAAACUAAAGAAAAUGAUGAAAUAGAAAGUUCAUUAAUUCUAAAAAAUCGAUGUAUUGAUGUAAAAAAAAAAAAAAAGUUGGUCAAAGAAAACAUGUACGAGGGGGGAUACACAAUAUGGGAAUGUACAUGGGACAUGCUGAAAUUCUUGCACAGAGAAAAAUUCGAUUUUAAAAAUAAGAAUGUUUUGGAAUUAGGUUGCGGACACGGUCUCACUGGAAUAAAAAUUUUGCUGGAUAAGGGAAACGUCGUUUUUCAAGAAUUAAAUAAAGAAGUAAUUAAUGAUAUUUUAUUACCAAAUAUAAAAAGGAAUUUGAAUAUAAAACUAAAGAAAAAAAAGUUAGGGGAGAAAAAGAGCUAUAUGAAGAUAAGCGGUGAAGACAUUACAUGUUCAGUUGUUAAUAAACCAUGGAAUAAGUUAAAUAAAACAUUAAAAAAAAUGGAGUUGAAUUCUUUUGAUUUUAUUAUUGGAAAUGAAAUAUUAUAUAGGAGAGAAAAUUAUUAUAGCAUUUUAAAAGUUUUGAAAAAAAAUAUGAAAAAAAAUGGGAAAGCAUAUUUUGGCACCAAGUCGUACUAUUUUGGAUUUGAAGACGGAGCAGGCUCAAAUAGUUUUUUGGAUUAUGUUAAUAAUAAUAAAAAUUUUAAAUUUACUGCUCGAAUUAUUCACAAUGAUCUAGGUAGAUCUGUUUAUUCAAAAGACAUUGUAGAAGUAACCUUCGCAAAAAAUAAGGCUGAGGAGUAG